CCAACCGUUGACCCGGAGUACAUACAUACGUGUGUGUAUACAUACUUAUGAAGUAGUACACCAAGCAACUAAAAGUGUGAGUUCGGGAAUAUUCUCUUCACCCUUCAGAGCUUAGGACACAUUCUUCUUAUUUGUAUAAAAAUGAAAGUUUGCCAAAUUCUGGUCUUGUGUGUUCUUCUGUGCGUCACUUCAGCAUUUUUGUUUAGAUCUCGCGUUCAUGCAAGGGCUAAUGGUAGAGAGAUCGAGUCUUCUUGCCUGGCCCAUGCUGAUGCAGGAAGCUGCGAAUUUUACUCUUGCUUUGAGAGACGUCUACCAUGUGGCAGAACUUGGUACAUUCUAAAGACCGGCCAGUACUACUGCAACAAGAUGCAGAGCGAGAGAUCAAGAUUUUCUGCGGAGGGUCAGCAAUUCUUGGAUGCCGCUCAGAGGUGUAUGACUCAAGCCCUUAAAGACACAUACAGGAGAGACGAUAUGGACUGCCAUGACUUGGAACAUUUAGCAUUUAAUACAGUCAGACCGUGCUUCAUAGAAAAUGGAUUUUGUGGUAUCCUGGGUGAGGACCAUGGAGAGCUGUUUGCUUUGUUUAAUGUCAGAGACCUUUUUACACGAGGAGCAGCAAAAAUCUGGCGUACGGUUUUUGAUCUGGCACUCACAUGUGCAAGAGAGACUAUCUCUGAAGUAGCUUCUAAUGCGGACACAGCCAUCAGCAAUAUCAUUGAUUCAGCCGCGUAAUCUUUGGCUGCCAGCUCUGGAGAAGUCAAGACAGCAAUUAUCGUCUGUUUUAGCGAGUCCUCCCUGCAAGAGUCCCUUAAUGAAUACAAGUUGAACGAUCUGCUCAACACUUUGUAGCAUAAAUGUUGGCAUGUCUCCAGUAUCUUUACUGAAUAACUUUGAAAAAUGUUUAACUAUUCAUAGAUAAAAUUUCCGUUCAGAAAGCGUAUUAAAAAACAACAUACAUUG